CGAAAUUUUACUAACACCAUAUAGGGCCGGGCAAAACUAUCUGAGUAGGUUCUCCAAGGUUUUAGGAAUAAAAUUUAUUGGAAUUGCUUAUAUGGAACAGAUAUCAUUUGCAAACUCAUAGAUGGACGGCGUCGAAAAGCCCAAGAAAGCCUGUGACUUUUGCCGGAGAAAAAAAAUUCGAUGUAAUCGUGAACUUCCCAGAUGUCAAAAUUGUUUGGUGUACAAUGAAGUAUGUCAUUAUUCAAAGAGAUUGAAGCGGUACAGUCUCAAAAUGAAAUGUGAUACACAAGCGAAGAAUUGGCAGCCUUUACAUGAAUCGGAGGAUAGUCCUAAUUACGAGAAUAGUACGUCUCCCGAUUUGAGAGAUAAUGAUUCACUUCAUGUGCGCCUUCGAAACGUUGAGAACAAAUUAGACAAGCUGUUAAGUCUUGUUGAGGAUUCCUAUAAACCGUCUAAUGGAUUCCGACCUCGAGAUUUUCCCUCGUUGAUAUCUCAAAUUCGAGACGCCAGCUCUUUAGUUGAUAAUAAAUUACAGGAAUACUCCAAAUUAUUUAAAAUAUCUCCCGCGGAUACAAAUAUUGACGACUUAUUUGCUCAUUCUUUUCCAACUUGGGAUAAAGACGUUCCUGAUUUACCUGAGCAGGAAUGGGCUAUUGCUCGUAUUCAGUGGUAUUUUCGAUUUAUUAACUGUUGGUGGCCUGUAUUUUACGAAGGAGACUUCAUGGCUGAACUGCAGAAGCUAUAUCUGGAUCCAAAUCAGGUAAAGGGUGUUUGGUUAGUGUCAUUUUAUGCUGUUCUUGCUUUGGCGAUUUCAAGAAGUAAAAUUGAAAAUGAUCAAAAGGUUUCUGACUCAUUUUUCUGUGCCGCCUGGCAUUUAAUUCAGAAGCCUGGAUUCUUCUUGAUACCCCAAGUGGAAAAAAUUCAGGCACUUAUCAUUAUGAUCCAAUUCACUGCUCAUUUAUCACUUUUCACUCUAUGUAAGGCAUUAUGUGGUCAAGCAUGCCUAAUGAUUCGAGACUUAAAUUUGCAUCGUGCUAGCUCAACUAAGAAACUGCCUAAGAAGUCUGCUGAACUCUAUCGACGUAUAUUUUGGGUUUGUUAUGUCUUUGAGAUUACUACUUCUUUGGUCUUUGGUAACCCUUCUGUUUUAAGUGAUAUGGACAUUGAUUGCGGGUAUCCUGAGGCAGAGAAAGAACCGCUAUAUCCAAACAUAUACCAUGGGGAUAUUAUCUUCAUUGCAGAAAUUUCACUUACUAUUUUGAAGAAUGAAAUCCGCUCCAAGCUAUAUAGCAGUAAUACACCUUCUGUUGAGGGUACGCGUUUAAAGGUUAUAUGGUCUAUCUUUGAAAAGAUGCAAAAUUGGCAGAAUUCUUUACCGUUGGAAAUCCGAAAUUAUUUCAGCAGUCUAAACAAAAAUGAGAACAUUUUCUUUACUUUAAAUAGCGAUGAGCAGAGACUUUUUUCGGCCUGUAUAGAAAUCUAUCUCUCGUACUGCAACACUGUCAUAUUUCUUCAAAGGCUAAAUGAUACGGAAGAAGGUUCCAUCAUCUGCUUAGAAACGGCUCGGAGAGCAGUUGAUGUAUUAAAGAAUUUUUUCGUAGUGCUAGAUCCUAUCUCCAAAAAUGUUUGCUACCUAUGGAUAUUUCUCUAUAAUCCUUUUACCCCUUUUAUAACAUUAUUUUCUAGCACAGUGAGUGGGAAAGAAAGUAAUCCUGACCAACUUCUAGAAGAUCUAAACCGCAUGUAUGCCGUCUAUAAGUUUUUUAUAAAAAUGCGAGACCUUAAUGGCCAGUUAGCACAAAAGCUUGCAUCGGUCACUGAAAACUUUAUUCAUGCAGCGGAGCAUUACAUUGCUUUACAACCUGCUUUUACUGCAGAUGCUUUUGAGUUAACCAAUUUCUUGAUUUAACUUAUUUAUUUAUUUAUCUUUCGAAUUCGGAUUGGAGUAUGUUCAAAGGGUUUACUAUUGUUUUUCUUGGUGUAUAUAUAUGGGUUCUUUACUUAACUAGUUACUAAAGCAUGGUGAUUUCAUGAAAUAACUUUUAAUUGAUUGGUUAAUUUCAACUGAUUAUCCAAUGCGUUGUAAAAAAACGAACAUAUUUCCUAAAGACUUGAUAAUUACCUUUUAAAUUAAACGAACGUAGAUAUUGGACAACUAGC